AUGCAAUGCUACAUAACUUUCAGUUCAAAACCAAGAGAGUACCUGGUUACCUGCGCAGAUGACACAUGCAACUGGUUUGUGAGAGCUUCUAAAUACAGAAAUCAAGAUUUAUUCAAGGUACGAAAAUGCAUUCCAAAUCAUACUUGCUCUGUUGAAAUUGUUAUGGAGGAUCAUAGGCAAGCAAAAAGCAUCAUAAUUGGGGAAUUAAUAAAGAAUAAGUACAAGGCAGUCAAAAGAAAUUAUACUCCAAAUGACAUCAUGAAUGAUGACUUUGGAGUAACAAUGGGAUACACAAAAGCAUGGAGAUCAAGAGAAAAAGCUUUGCUUCUAGUAAGAGGGAACCCUGAUGAUUCAUAUCAAAAGUUGCCAAUAUACUUGAGGCCUAUCAUUGUUGUUGAUGGAACUUUCUUAAAAAAUGCACAUGGCGGCACCCUAUUUUCAGCAUCAACAUUAGAUCCAAACAACAACAUUUUUGUCUUGGCUUUUGGAAUAGCAGACUCAGAAAAUGAUAACUCUUGGCUUUGGUUCUUCUCCAAACUGAGAGACACAUAUGGAGAACCCGAAGGAUUGGCUAUUGUUUCCGACAGACACAAGAGCAUAGAGAAUGCAGUACAUAUAGUGUACCCAAAUGCGUUCCAUGGAGCUUGCAUGUAUCAUUUGCUUAAUAAUUUGAAAAGCAAGUAUGGAAACCAUGGAGAAGAGCUACAAAUGAAUUUCAUUGCAGCAGCAAAAGCAUACACAAAAACUGAAUGUGAACACUACAUGAGAAGCCUUGAUAGACUUGACAGACGCAUUAGACCCUAUUUAGAGAAAGCCAAAUAUGAAACUUGGGCAAGAUCAUACUCACCAACAAAAAGAUACACCAUGAUGACAUCCAACAUCGCAGAAUCGCUCAACGCUGCACUAAAAGCUGCAAGAAAUCUCCCUAUUGAUAUCUUGGUUGAAUGUCUUAGAAGUUUGGUUCAAAAGUGGGUUUGGAACAAUUCAAAUAAUGCAAAUGGAACAUUCACAAAAGUGUCUACAGCAACAGAAAAUGAAUUGAGACAUGACAUUGUUUCAAAAAUGAAGUAUGAGGUCUUGCCUUUCAACCCAAUAGAAUAUCAAGUUCGUGAUGAAAAGGGAACCAAUUUCACAGUAAAUAUACACAAUAGAACUUGUACAUGCAAUAGGUUUCAAGAAGAUGAAAUACCUUGUGGGCAUGCAGUAGCUGUAAUUGCAAAGAGAAACUUGGGAGUAUAUGAUUACUGUGCAAAGUUUUACAAAACAGAAACUUUGAAAGCAAUGUAUGAAGAAAAUGUUCAUCCUUUUCCCCAUAAAGAUGAAUGGAAUCUCCCACAACACUUAGACAUAGUGGUGCUACCUCCAAAGGCAACAAUCCCUGCAGGAAGACCAAGAAAGAAAAGAAUAAGAUCAAGAGGAGAACCAAAAGUGAUAAUCACCUGUGGUAAAUGUGGCCAACCAGGACAUAAUAGGAAGACUUGCAGGAAUCCACCAAUUGACAAGGCAAACAAGCAGAAAAAACAAAAGUCAUAG